GCGCUCUUCCACUACCAACACCCCCCAACUAGACACAGCCUUGAUUCAUGGAUCGCAGACAUGGUGGCUAAAAAGGAAGCCGCGAAACCGACGCCAAAUGCUGCCCCGCGCGGGGCGGCCAACGGCAAUAAAAAGAGCGCCGGCGAAGUUGCGCAAGAAGAAGGCAGGAGACCCGUGGCAGAGCAAGCUGAUCUAGUCCCCGAGGCGCAAAUGAUAGAUGGUGACACUCUUACCGCGUUGGCCGACCAGAAACGCCGUCAAAAAGCACCCCUCAACAGCAGCGCCAAAGACGAAUUCGCCGCUAUGCUCGAACCCUUCUACUGCAGCAAAAGCCUUACUGAUCCCAUCAACACGGCGAGAGACAAGUGGAAUCUGCUGCCUGCUUUCUUGAAGACGAAGGGCCUGGUCAAACAACAUGUUGACUCAUACAACCAUUUCGUGGACGUUGAACUCAAAAAAAUCAUCAAGGCCAACCGCUUCGUGCGCAGCGAUUUCGACCCAAAGUUUCUGCUGGAAUACACGGAUAUCAGGGUCUUGACCCCAAAUCGGCAGGAUGAGGAUGAUCUUACCGAGGGCCACAAAAGUACCGUCACCCCGAACGAAUGCCGGUUGAGGGAUAUGACAUAUGCCGCCCCAAUCGUUGUCGACAUUGUGUACACGAGAGGAAAUACCAAAGUUAAAAGAACCAGCGUGAAAAUUGGCAGGUUGCCCAUAAUGUUGAAGAGCAACAAAUGUGUGCUGUCAGGGAAGAAUGACCGAGAAAUGGCAGUCAUGGAUGAAUGCCCACUCGACCCAGGAGGCUACUUCAUCACGAGAGGACAAGAGAAAGUCAUUCUGGUCCAGGAGCAGCUGAACAAAAACCGAGUUAUUGUCGAAAGUGCAAAGGGAAUUAUGCAAGCCAGCGUUACUAGUUCAACGCACGAGCGACGGACCAAAACAUAUGUGAUUCAGAAAAAGGGUCUAAUGUACCUGCGGCACAAUACUUUGUCAGAAGAGAUUCCAAUCGUCUUCGUGCUGAAAGCACUCGGUGUGCACUCCGACAAGGAAAUCUUAUUAAUGAUCGCUGGCGAAGACAGUGCAUACCAAGACAGCUUUUCGAUCAACUUCGAGGCUUGCGCAAAAGAACAAAUAUACACACAAGAAAAAGCCUUGGAGUACAUUGGACAUCGCGUGCGACUGACGAAACGCCCUGCAGGCGCCUCUCGCCUACGCAAUUACCACCUUGAAGCGAUCGAGUGUCUGUCAAACGUCGUUCUGCCACAUGUGCCCGUGGUCGGUACCAAUUUCCGACCGAAGGCGCUCUACGUCGCUAUGAUGGCUCGCCGAGUAGUGAUGGCAAUGCAAGACCCGAAACUUGUCGAUGAUCGUGAUUAUGUGGGAAACAAACGUCUAGAACUUUCUGGCCAGAUGCUAUCGCUGCUUUUCGAAGAUCAUUUCAAACGCUUCAAUCACGACUUCAAACUGAGCGUGGACAAGGUUUUGAAGAAACAGAAUCGAGCCCAGGAGUUUGAUGCAUUUUCACAUUUCAGCGUACACAAAAAUCACAUCACGAUGGGUGUCGAGCGUGCUAUUGCUACUGGGAACUGGAGUCUGAAGCGCUUCAAAAUGGAACGUGCUGGUGUCACUCACGUUCUAAGCCGUCUGAGUUAUAUUGCUGCACUGGGCAUGAUGACGAGAAUAUCCAGUCAGUUCGAAAAAACUCGUAAAGUGUCUGGUCCUCGUGCGCUGCAACCUUCGCAGUUUGGUAUGCUGUGUACCUCUGAUACCCCAGAAGGAGAGGCCUGUGGCCUUGUCAAGAAUUUGGCACUCAUGACACACAUCACCACCGAAGACGACGAGGAUCCUGUUAGGAAAAUUGUGUUCACACUUGGGGCUGAAGACGUUUGCUUACAGACAGGAGAGGAGAUACACGCAGAAGGUGUUUAUACUGUUUGCUUGAACGGCACACCUGUUGCCGUCACCGAUACGCCCAAGAGGUAUCUGGAUCGCUUCCGGAAGUUUCGAAGAGCCGGGAAAAUUUCAGAGUUCACGAGCAUCAACAUUAAUCAUGAUUUCAACGAAGUACACAUUGCUACCGAUGAAGGUCGCAUCUGCAGACCGAUGAUCAUAGUGGAGAACGGAAAGUCGAGGGUCACAUCACGUUACUUGAAGGCCCUACGAAAAGGCACCAUGGAAUUUGAAGACUUCCUCACACGCGGGCUCGUGGAGUACUUGGAUGUGAAUGAAGAGAACGAUUCCAAUAUCUCCAUCUCGGAGAAGGAGAUCGGCACUUUUACUACACAUCUGGAAAUCGAACCUUUCACGAUCUUGGGUGCAGUUGCUGGUCUUAUACCAUACCCUCAUCAUAACCAGUCGCCGCGUAACACCUACCAAUGUGCUAUGGGUAAACAAGCUAUCGGCGCUAUUGCCUACAACCAACUCACUCGCAUCGACACCCUGCUUUAUCUAAUGGUAUAUCCGCAGCAACCCAUGGUCAAAACUCGCACAAUCGAGCUUACCAAAUACGAUAAACUUCCAGCCGGUCAAAAUGCUACUGUUGCUGUUAUGUCCUAUUCUGGAUACGAUAUUGAGGAUGCACUAGUGGUCAACAAAGCUUCUUGCGACCGUGGAUUUGGUCGUUGCCAGAUUUUCAAGAAGACAGUGGUACCCCUGAAAUCGUAUGCCAAUGGAGCAGAGGACAGAAUCAAUGCUGGAAUCUUGAACGACGAAUCCGAUGCCAGAUUCGCUAAUAUAGGCACGGACGGAUUGGCGCAAGUCGGAGCUCGCAUCAACCAGGGGGACGUCUACAUGAUGAAGGAGAUACCUAUAGAUACGACUACACACACGACACGCUACGCUUACAAGCCGCAACACAUGGGGUACAAACUGCCCGACUGUUCGUAUAUUGACAAGGCCUGCGUUACACAGAACGAAGCAGGUGUAAACUUGAUGAAGCUCCUUUUCCGCCAAACGCGCCGACCUGAACUCGGUGACAAGUUCUCCUCGCGCCACGGACAAAAAGGAGUCGUAGGCCUCAUUUCCCCACAGGAGGAUAUGCCCUUCAACGACCGCGGCGUGUGCCCAGACAUCAUCAUGAACCCCCACGGCUUCCCCUCGCGAAUGACAGUCGGAAAAAUGAUGGAGCUCCUCUCCGGCAAAGCGGGUGUUGUCAACGGCACACUCGAAUACGGCACCGCAUUUGGCGGCUCCAAAGUCGUCGACAUGGCCGACAUCCUCGUCAAGAACGGCUUCUCGUACACUGGCAAAGAUUACUUGACGUCGGGCAUCACUGGCGAAGCCCUCCAGUUCUACGUCUUCUUCGGUCCAAUCUACUACCAAAAGCUCAAGCACAUGGUGCAGGACAAGAUGCACUCGCGGUCACGUGGCCCGCGGACGACACUCACGCGUCAACCCACCGAGGGUCGAUCGCGCCAGGGUGGUUUGCGUCUCGGCGAGAUGGAGCGCGAUUGCUUGAUUGCGUACGGUGCAGGCCAGUUAUUGCUCGAGCGCCUGAUGCUGAGUUCGGAUGCGCACACCAUGGAUGUCUGUGGGCAAUGCGGGCAGAUGGGGAGCCAGGGGUGGUGUAGGAUCUGCGAGAGCGAGAAGGGCGUUCGGAGCUUGACGGUUCCGUAUGCGGCCAAGUUGUUGAUUCAGGAAUUGGGAGCUAUGAACGUCAAGGUGACUAUUGGACUGGGAGAUCAGUUCGAGCCAGGCUACGAGUGA